AUGCAGUGCUGUGCAUCAUCAUGGUCUUUUCGGCAGCAGAAAGCCUCAGAGCGCUGGAAAGAAGCAAGACCAUACCACCUAAAAUGCCUUAUUGCAACAGAAGCUGUUGGUCAGCCAUUGUGUUGGCUUUGCCAUGAGCCUGCUGUUAUUAGGUGCAGAGAGUGUCUUCCUGAGGACUGGUUCUGUGGAGACUGUGAUGUAUUGCAUCACAAUAAACAGCCACUCCACAGCAGGGAAUGUGUGAUUCAUGGGUUUUUUGACGCCAUUCCUCCAACCUCAUGCGUCAUUAAAGGGCGAGAUGGAUAUUUCAUCCAUGAGCAAGCUUGUAUUUUGCCAAAGGCGCCAGACUGCUCCUGUGAAGGCACAAACUCCACCAUAUUACCGGGCAAACCAGUGAUUUUAAUUACCAUCAAUGGGCGUUUUGACUUGCAUCAGCCACUACGUGUAUGUCAAACGUGCCAGCAUCAGUGCACCCCUGACUUGAAGGACCUCCUUAGGAGUGGAUAUUGGCCAGCCUCUGUCACCAGCUCCACACUUUAUACACUGGACCUCCUGAACUCCUUUCAGGAACUCAAGUCUGGACAAAUCAACGGCGAUACACUACAGCGCAGCUUCUUAGAGUUUUCAUAUGCUUCAUUUGAGGAAGACCAGCUCUGCUGUGGUGCUCCUCUCACCUGCCCAGCCUGCACGCCGGAAAUGUUGACUGUUUCAGCCGAUGGAAACCGAAAGCUAUAUUGCUUUCGCCGAGACACAAGCUCUGAUGAUCCUGCCUUUUUUGAGGGGCUCUUUGUGGCUGAAGACGUUGCGGUGUCUAGAUUUGUGGAAACCAUACAGAAAGCAGUGAGAAAUACACAGGGAAAAGGCACAUGUGGGGACUCCCAGUGGACAGCAGCGAGGGAGACAUCAAGGAGGGCUUCCAAAUUGGAUGAAGAGGGGAUGGAGGUUGCAGUGUGUCGCCACGGAUUCCUUCUGAAAGCUCUUAAUAUGUACAGGGGGGAGAUAUUUGCCUACCCUCUGUAUCUUCAGAAGGAGCUCAUGCCAGCCGAGGCACAAUUCUUUGCAAUGGAUGUGGUUUGCAAAUAUUGGGCAUACUUGGAGAAAGCUGCUAGUGUCCUUCCUGCUCUUCAAGAUCUGACCACAAUGAAACCUUUCCUCAGUGAGAUGCAUGCUCGAGCCCAUGCUACUAAGUGUGAAAGACACCAAAUACAUCUCAUGGCAGUCAAGGCACCGCACACAGAGGACUUCAGCAGUCGAUUGAGGGGCUUUACCUUAGUGUGAGGCAGCGGAAGCAAACCCUUUACCGUCAGAAUGACAGCAGCAAGCUUCGCCACCGCCUUCGAAGGAAGCUGGCAGAAGACAAAAAGCUCCUUCAGGAGAUCGAGAAAUACAGUGGUCUUGUACUAGACUCUGCCACUAACACUGAUGUAGCUGUGGUGGAGCAUUCCCUGACUGGAGAGAGCACUGUGUCUCAAAUAUGGCCGUGGGAGGUUCAUGGCAGUGCAAACAUUUCGAUCAAGAAACAACUGCAUGACCAAGUGAUGUUGACAGUGCGACUGCAAGAGGAAAAAAGCAUUAUGGUGUUGAUGGAUGGCACAACACAACAUGGUUGCAGAGCCUGCAGUGGUUCUGAAGAACACGAUAGCUGAGGAGGAUGUAGACAAGGGGAAGGAGGACUUUGCUGUCUCUUAAGAAGACGACUGUCAGAGGUGUCAGAAAGGUUGCAAGUGCUUCUCCAACAGUACAAGACUGCUUUAGGCCCCGAGGCCUCUGCUCUUCUACAUGUUGAAGCAGAAGAUCAAGGUGGCCUCAGUAGUCCAGACACCAGUGAGGAUGAAGAAGAAAACACAAUUUAGACGGAAGUUGCACAAAGGACUGUGUUGAAGGAAAUGGCCUUGCCCAGUAUCGGUGUGUUUUUAGUAUGUUGAUUGAUUUACCACAUCAAAAUCUGGAUGCAUUCUAUAUUAAACCUGUGUCUGUAGAUUGCCAAGCAAUUCAGUAAGCACAUGAAUGCUCCUUGAAGACGCACAAACCUCUUAGUAUAGGUGCACCAAUCUCAGCCAAAAAUGUUAACUUUGCACAUAUCAUAUUACCAGAUGUAAUAUCAUGACAUGGUAUUUGGGUAGUGUAUUCAUACUCCUUUAAGAGAGACUCCCCUUGAUUGCGGUGACCCUGUGACCUUUCCUUUUGUGUAAAACUCAAGGCUAAACUUUUGACUUGUAUGCAACAAAUGUUAGGAACAGAUUUCUAAGUCAUUUGCUGAGCACUCUCAAGCUUCCCAGGCAUUGAAUCCUGCCAGUUUUGUUGACCUCAUGACAUUCCCUGUAGCACAACCCUCAGACCAGAAUGUAGAGUUUGAUAUUUCUUAAAGAUGGUUAUUUCGUUUAUAAUUCUUCUGUCACUGUCAGUUUUGUCCUUACAGAGUUUCGGCGGGUCCUUAAGUUAAACCAGUUAUAUCGAAUUUAAGGCCAUAAAUGUCUUAAAUGGUAUAAGACAGUCCUACUUACGAUUUUUUUUUCAUGAUUUUUGAUCGCUUCAUGUGACGAUUUAACUUCAAAAGGCUGUGAUUUCAUUGAAUAAAUGAGCCCUGCAUGUUUUAAAGUCAGAUGCUGUGCUGCUUUGUGUAGAUGCCGUUACCAGGGAACCCUGCUGACACUAAAUGAAUUGGCAUCGUUGUUCAGACCAAAUAAAAAAAUUAACACUAUUAAAUUAAAUCAAUAAAGUGAUAUUUUAUAUUAUAUUAAUAUUGAUAAUUAUCGAUAAUUGUUUAAAUUAAUAUGAUACUUUUGCCUCGUCUGUUUUCUUAAACGUUGUUGAAAUGUGAAGGUUAUCAUUUUAUAAAACAGUUUUUGUGAAAAUCUUGUCUCUGAACUGUAAAUCAUGCUUUUCACAGUAAAAGUAUUUCACAGUAUUCACUCAUGGUAUUCAUUUUAUUUGUGCAGGUCUUAAAAAGCUCUUUAAAAGUCUUACAUUUGGUUUUAAAAAUCCUGCAGAUACUGUACAUUACACUUUAAGUACUUGUAUAAUGGAUUCGAUAGUAUGUAACAGAAAAACUGUGUUAUAAUUUUACUUCAUGUUGCAUGUUAUUAGUUGACCAAUAACUUGAUUCCCUGUUCUGCUGGUGCUUUUCAAGUGCAAUUAAGCACAUGGUCCAGUGUUAAUAAAUACAGCCUUAUGGCUUGUUUUACCGAUAUGCAUACUCAUAAUGUGGUGUAUUUUCAUUGGAAAUUGUGAACGGCAAGAAAUAAAGUAUUUCCAAAGACGAGCAUCUUAUGUUUUCAAUGAAUUCCCAGCGAUAUCCUCUGCGUGA